ACUUGAUUUCACUUCUUCCUCUCGGAUUUCCACGUCCUAAACUACUGGUCUUAGGGAUCCUAGAGGUUAGUUGUCGUAAAUUACGGACGACGCGUCAGUCGUAUCCUUCAUAGGAGCCUGGUGCUGUAUCUCUAUGAUAGGUUUUUGUGAGUUCUCGAGAACCUAUCCCAGCCUGGUGCUCUCUAACUCCUGAUCCAUCUUCUCGCUUCCUCGCUUGUCAGCUUUGCAGCGGAACCAUCGUUCCUUCGCACAGCGUUGCACAGCCUCGCACAGCCUCGCCCAGCAUGCCAGGCGAAACUCUCGCACUUCCGGCGCCGCCGCCGGGCGGCCUAAAAGACGCCACGCCGUCAGUUCUGACGGCGGAAGAACGGUCCGGGCAGCAGCAGAAACCGGCAGAAAAGGCGAAACCGCAGCAGGUGGUGGUGGCAACUCAGACGAAGACGAUCGGCAUCAUCCACCCUCCUCCCGACAUCCGCAGCAUCGUCGACAAGACCGCCACCUUCGUCGCGCGAAACGGGCCGGAUUUCGAAAAGAAGAUUCUUGCCGCGAACAAAGGCAACGUCAAGUUUAAUUUCCUCACGCCCACGGACCCCUACCACGCGUACUACCGCCAUAAGAUCAACGAGCAGCUCGCGCAGCUUAAUCUCCCGGCUCAGCCCGAACCUAUAGCUGCCGAGCCUGGCGCAGGCUCGGCAGCAGGUCCGGCAGCCGGAGCUGCGUCCGGGGCUGCUCCGGGAGCAGCCGGAGCUGCAGCGGUGGUUGUCAAGCCUGCGGGGCCCGCAGGGGUCAUCCAGGAGCCUGGCACGGACGCUGCUGCAGCAGGGGCUUCGGCAGCAGCGGCGAAACUUCCGGAUCUGCCUGACCCGGAGCAGUACACUGUUCGGGUGCCCGAAGGCAUGUCCGGGCAGGAUUUAGACGUUAUCAAGCUGACCGCGCAGCUCGUGGCGCGAAACGGCAAGACGUUCUUAACCGGGCUGAUUAGUCGCGAGCAUAUGAACCCGCAGUUUAAUUUCCUCAAGCCCACUCAUAGUCUCUUCACCUUUUUCACCGCCCUCGCCGACGCGUACUCUAAGGUACUAAUGCCUCCUAAAGAAGUAUUGGAUAAGGUGAAGCGCGACGCGGGGCCAGGCGGACAGGCCGCGAUCAUGGCGAGGAUCCAGACGCGGCUCGACUACGAGAAGAAGCAGGAGAAGGCGCGGAAGAAAGCCGAAGACGAGAUCGAAAAGGAGCGCGUGCAGAUGGCUUUAAUCGACUGGCACGACUUUAUAGUAGUCGAGAGUAUAGAGUUCGCGGACGACGAAGAGGCGGAGCUGCCCGUGCCGAUGACUAUAGAGGAAGUGAUUAGAAAGAGCAAGCAGCUGGGCGCGGACGAGGAGCUCGAGGCGGAGGACGCGGCGGCGGUCGCGGCGGCGGAGGCGGGCGCGAAGCCGGGGACGGCGGCGGCGGCGGCGGCGGCGGAGAAGGCGAAGGGGGAGAAGGAGGCGGGGCAGGCGAUGGACGAAGAGGAGAUGCAGCUGGUGGAGGCGGGGAUGAGGGCCGCUGGGAUCGCGGAGGGGGAGGGGAAGAGGGGCGGGGAGAAGGCGGAAGGGGAGGGGGAGAGGGGGGAGAGGGGGGGGGAGGAGGAGAUGGAGAUGGAGGAGGAGGGCGGUGCGCCGGCUGGUGUUCCCCCGCCUCCUCCCCCGCCGCCGCCACCGCCGCCGCCGCCUGCUGAGGAGAACGAGAUGGACAUGGAGGAUGAAGACGAGGCGCCCAUGCGCAUCGUGCGCAACUGGAAGCGGCCGGAGGAGCGCGCCGCCGUGGACCAAGACCCGACCAAGGUGGUGGUGUCCCCGAUCACGGGCGAGCUGAUCCCGAUCGCGGACAUGGCUGAGCACAUGCGCAUCUCGCUCAUCGACCCCAAGUACAAGGAGCAGAAGGAGCGCAUGCUGGCCAAGCUGCGCGAGAACACCCUCGCCAACGACGACGAGAUCUCCAAGAACAUCAUUGGGCUCGCGAAAACCCGCCCUGAUAUCUUCGGCACGACAGCGGAGGAGGUGUCCGAGGCAGUGCGGGCUGAGUUGGAGAAGAAGAAGGAUGAUGGUGGCGCGGCCAGCCGGGUCAUGUGGGACGGGCACACUGCCAGCAUCGGCCGGACCGCCACCCAGGCGCUGCAGCAGAGCCUCACGCAGCCGCCCGCCUCGGAGAAAAAGGACGAGCCGGGCCGGCCGGUUUCGGGGCCGCAAGCACCCCCGCCUGCUCCUGCGUCAGGGGCGCGGCCCGCGACUCUCCCCAGGCCCCCGCCGGGGGGUCCCCCUCCUGGUCUGGGCAUGAUCCGCCCGGGGGGCAACAUGCCCCCUCCCAUUGCCACUAUGGCUGCAUAUGGCAUGCCACGCGGCAUGCCCCUCCCCAUGCCAGGCAUGCCGGGUAUGCCAGGGAUCCCAGGGAUGCUCAACCCCAUGCUCAUGGCGCAGAACCAAGCUGCUGCGGCUGCUGCUGCAGCGGGGGGGAUGUUCGGUAUGCGGCCGCCCAUGAUGGCCCCGGGACAACCAGGCAUGGUGCCGGGAGGGUUCCCGGGAUUUCCAGGGGGGAUGCCGGGGGGAAUGCCCAUGGGCGUGCCGAUGGGAAUGCCGGGAGGUGUACCUAUGGGCAUGGUACCUGGGGGUAUGGUGCCUGCGGGAAUGGGAGGAGGGGGGGCGCGGGCAGGGGCGGGAGGGGGAGGGGAGGAGGAUCAUGACGCCAAGAGGCAGAAGACGGAGGAUAAUCUCAUUCCCGAGCAUGUGUUCCUCGCACAGCAUCCGGGCCCGGUGCGUGUGGUGGUUAACCUCCCUUCUGUGGAGGGCGAGCCGGCACUCAACGGGCAAAAGGUGGAGGUCCUAGUACCCUCUCUCAGUGAGACAACCGGCGCGUUCAAAGAGCACAUUGCACAGGCUUUGGGCGGGAGUGUGCCGGCCAACAAGCAGAAGCUGAGUGGCAAGGUGGGCUUUUUCAAGGAUUCGCUUUCAUUGGCGUACUACAAUGUUGGGCCUGGGGAUGCGGUUGUAAUGAGCUUGAAGGAGCGUGGAGGCAGGAAGAAGUAGGCUCAUGAGUGGAUGGAUUACUGUGCAGCGUGCAGUUUGCCGUUUCGCUGUCCGGCGUUCUUUCCUCUUGGAUUUGCUGCAUGCAAGUUUCGAUGGACUUGAACACAUCUACCAGUUCUAACAAUACCCAAAAAAA